AUGCGCGCGAGUAAGCGCGCGCGCACGGCGCCUUUCCCCCAGCGCCCGCGGAGCACGAGGCGUGCGGCUGCGGGGCGGGCAGGAAGCGAGCCGAUCCCUCCGCACGCCGCAACCAGAGGUAGAAGCGCGCCCGUGCCCGAAACGGCACUGCCGCUUCCGCCAUCGGCGCCCCCCGCCCUGGCGGAAGCGACUGACGCUGCGCGAGAAGCACGCGACGCGGAUUUAUCCCCGGGUCACAGCAGGAAUUCAGACACGGAACGCGACGGCGGCGAGGAGCAUGGCGAGGCCGACUCGCCCAUGGCUCUCCUAUCCGACGAUGCGCUUUCGCUUGCGCUCUCCCGCCUGCCCACGCGCUUCGCGCUUUCUUCGCUCGCCUUCGUGUGCCGCCGCUGGCGCAGGCUGGCGCUCCGCCACUGCGUGCGCGAGCUCCGCCCAUCCCCGUUCACUCUCCGCGCCACUGGCUGCUUCGCUUCCGCCGACGCCCUAGAGGAUCUCGUCCGCCGAUUCUCCUCGUCUUUGCGCGCAAUUGAGCUCCGCCCGCCUGAAACUUCCGCCAGAGGGUCCAGGCGAGGCGGAGGAGGGCGGGGGAAGGGGAAAUGCGCGGCGGAGGCGGAUGGCGCGCAGCAGUGUUCCGUCGGGGACAUACUGCGAAGCGCGCCGAUGCUGGAAGAGGUGACUAUAACGAGCUGUUUCGCUGGGUCGGAGGAAGACGGCGCAGCGGCCGCUAUCACGGACGACUCGGCCUUGUCAGUGAUCAUCAGCAGCGCUGGCAGCACCAACACCACGGCCUCGGGCCCAGCAGUUGCUGCAGGGAGAGGCCAUGGCACGCGCAGCAACGCUGGCGGCAACGGCGGCAGCAACGACGGCAGCAGCAGCGGGGGUAGCGCACGAAACAGCGGUGGCGGCAUGGGCGGCGGUUUCGGGUUUAAGCGCGAGGCGUGGGCGCGGGCGGUGGGCGUGCCGAUGCGGCCGUUGGAGUUUGUGCAAGGCGUGCUGCCGCGCCUGCCGCGCUCGCUACGGCGCCUCGACCUCCACGCGAACCACUUCCUUUCCGCGAGCACGUGCCUGGGGGGGAACGAGCCCGAGGUGGUGGGAGGCCGGGGGGGGGAGGCUUUGGGGGGAGGUCAUGCGGAAGCAGCGGCGCAGAGAGGGGAAGGGACGGCGGAAGGAGACGACGAGGAGCAGGCGGGAGGCGGCGCAGGUGAUAGUGCGUGUGAGCGCGCGCUGCCGUUACCCCAGCACGCCACUCCCCACGACUCCUUCCUCUACGCCGUCGCCUCCUCGCUCCCCGCACUCCGCGCUCUCGACCUCGACACACCCUCGCGCCUCUCCCACAACGCCGUGCUUCACCUGCCGCUCGCCCUACCGCGCCUCACGAGCCUGUCUCUCUGUUCCAACGCCAUCACAUGGCCCACUGUCUUCUCCCUGCUCGCCCUCGCACCCUCGCUCCGCUGCCUCUCCCUCGUCUCCUCCGCGCUCACCUCCUCCCCCUCUCGCCCCCGCAGACCCCCCGUUCCCCCCUCCGCCCCUCCGGGUUCUUCCGCCCUUGAAUCCUUCCCCUUCCCACGGCCCACCCUUGCUGUGGGUGCUGCCGCUGCCGCCGCCACAAUGGAUCCACUGAGCACAAGCGGAGGUAAUCCGUCUGCGCUGCUGUCCACCCUGCCAUGCACCCUCCUGCCGCUCUCCUCCCUGCGUCUCUACACUUCGCCGCAUCGCUCCGUGCAGUGGGACAUGAGCCCUGCACACUCCCUCCUGCGCGCCCUCCUCGCCCUCCCCUCUCCGGCUGCCUCGCGUGGCACCAUUCCCACCCCCCUUGCUUCCACCUCUCCUCCUGGCGCAGCCACCGCAGGAGCAGUUUGUGCACCAGAAAGUGGCUUCACUGCUGCCGCUUUCUGUGCGCCUAUGGCUAGCAGCACCGCUCUCGCAACACAGCUGCCCGUGCUUGAAACGACCGGCGCAAGGCGCACAGCAGCAGCAUGUGGGAGCACGGGGGGUUCAGGGCUCAUGGCACGCCUAGCAUCCAGAGCGGGCGCUGCUGGUGCGGUUGCAGCUGCCCCAGGCGGGCCCCGGAGUGUCGGGAUAGGGUCAGUGGGUGCAUGCUCCCUGCGCUCGCUGCAUGCGCAGCACACCUUCAGUGCAUCCUGGCAGAGCAUAGGCGUGUGCUGCCAUGGCCUCACAGAGCUCGACCUCUCCUUCCCCCCUCGGCCCCACUCCCCUUCCACAUGGGGCGGAGCAGCAGCACAGGGGGGGCUUACAGGCAUAGAGGAGAUCGUGCUGUGUGGGACUCUCUCCAUGCUGCCGCACCUGCAGCGCCUCGCUCUGCCCAGCGCCAACGACCAGGUGCUCACUCACGUAGCGCGUUGCUGCCCCCACCUCUCCUCCCUCCUCGCCCAGCCACACAUCCUCGCCACCUCCCCCGAUGCAAGCCUCCCCCGCUGCCCGCCGCAGCCGCAUGUGACAGACGAUGGUGUCCGGGCGCUGGCACAUGGCUGCACGCGAUUGGUCCAUCUGAGCUUGGCAGGGUGUGUGCGCGUGGGGUCGGCAGUGCGGCAGCUGGCGUUUCACUGCCAGCAGCUGCGAGUGCUGAGGCUGGAAGGCAGCGCUGUGGACGAUAAAGCUGUGCUGGGAGCACUCUUUGGUGGAGCCUGGAAGCAGCAAGAGAACUGGCAGCAGCAGCAGCAGAAGCAAGGAGUGGAAAGAAAGCAGGAGAGAAAGAAGUCGUGA